CACAGACACAAAUAAAAAGAAAUCAGUAGUUCGAUUUCUCCUCUCACCUUUACACAUAUCUCCGUAUUUACAAAUUAGGUUGUUGAUGUAGGCUGUACGCACCUGCUGGUUUGCUACUCGAUCCUAUAUAUCGUCCAAUCCUAUCUGACCUCUCGACAUCUGGUCCUUGAUUACUCGUCCUUUUUGCUUGGUGCCUGUGUAUAUCGUCGCCCCGGCCGCUUGAGCUAGCUUCCUCUAGUGCUCGCUCUCGUCGUCGAUCGGUUGUUUGCAUAGCCCACGGCGAGCCGAAGCAAUGUCGUCGGCGCCCCUGCAGAUCGCGCCGGUGCCGGAGCAUGUGUGCUACGUGCACUGCAACUUCUGCAACACAAUUCUCGCGGUCAGUGUCCCGAGUCACAGCAUGCUGAACAUCGUCACAGUCCGUUGUGGGCACUGCACUAGCCUGCUGUCGGUGAACUUGAGAGGACUCAUCCAAUCACUUCCUGUCCAGAACCACCACUACUCCCAGCAGCAGGAGAAUUUCACCGUCCAAAAUAUGGGUUUUACUGAAAAUUACCCUGAGUACGCACCUUCGUACCGCAUGCCAACGACGCUGUCAGCGAAAGGUGAUCUGGAUCAUAUGCUGCACGUGCGCGCUCCAGAGAAGAGGCAGCGUGUUCCUUCAGCAUAUAACAGAUUUAUUAAGGAGGAGAUACGAAGGAUUAAAGCAUGUAACCCGGACAUAAGCCAUAGGGAAGCCUUCAGCACUGCAGCAAAGAAUUGGGCACAUUUUCCGAAUAUUCAUUUUGGUCUAGGGCCCUGUGAAAGUAGCAACAAUCUUGAUGAGGCCACCGGUGCAAUGUGCCAUCCCCAGAAAGUCCAAGAUCUCUACUAAGACCUAUAUCAGCACUGCCCUUUGUUUCCUCUUAGUUCUGGACUAGUUGGUGAGUGCCAUAUAUAUAUGCAUGAGUGUGAUAUGAUCAUGAGGUAAGGAAUUAUGAUUAAGAUGAUAUAUAUGUACGAGAUGAACAUGCCCCUAGGUUCAUGAAAGACUAAAUAAGGAUCGUCAUCUCACCAUGUUAUCAUAGGUAGUAACUAUUGUUUGAAAUAAAUUAUCCUUUGUGUGCA